AUGGGGAAUUCUCAUAAAAAAUCUGAUUAUGGAGUCAUUGCAAUUCUAACAGAAAAACCAUUUUACUUUGCGGGCGACUUGGUUAGAGGUGAAUAAUGUAUGUAGUUUUAGGUAAUAUCUUUUUAGCGUUUGUAAUACAGGUUAUUAAGGAAAUAUCAUUGAAUUUACAGUUCAAGGGAAAGAGACAACCGAGUGGGAGGAGGGAAGUGGUGAGGAACAAAGAACUUAUAAAGGGAUAAAUAAAUUCUAUUCUUAAUCAGUUCCUAUUUACACAUUCUAAAAUCAGAUAGCUUAAAUUGGAUAGUAUAUUUUUCCUUUCCAAUUUUAAUUGCAUCAAAAUCUUCCUGGAUCAUUCUACCAUAAAAAUCAAUACGAUUGUGGCUCGAUAUGAUAAAAAGUGAAAGCAAAAUUUACAUCUACAUAACCAAAUAAACCAAGUAUUAUAAAUAAAUAGGAAUUCAUGGUUAGAGACCAAUCAAGUAAGAUGUGGUUGGAUAAUAAUUGGAAAGUACAACUAAUCUUACUACUUGUUGUUGUAAGAAUUAAGGGGUAUUUGUGAGAAAAUUAUUUUUAGAGUUCAAGAGUCAAGAGUUUCUGUAAAACAAAUCAUUAUCUUCCAGGAGAUACAGCAUAAAUAAUUAUUGAGGUCGAUAAUUCGAAUUGUUAUUUGAAUAUUGACUAUUUUUAAAUAGAAUUGCAUUGGCCCUAUUUUAUUUGA